AUGGAGACCAUCAACAACAUCGCGGGCGCGGCGAGCAAGGCCAUCUGGGGCACAAACGAAGCCAACCAAGAGCCCGUCUCUGGUGUCAAGGGGAACACUAACCAGGGUGAACCGUACGACGCUGGCAAUAUCGUAGAAGACCCCUUGAACAAGGAGAAGAAGGCCAACAUGGCCGAUGCUCACACCUCUGGGCCGGCGACUGGAUCGACAGCAACCACGACUACUGGGCUAUCUACCACCACUGCCCCAACCACAAGCACCGGCACUGAGACGACUGGCACGACCGGUACAACUGGUACCGAGACCGGAAUCGAGCACAACUUGACCGACAGGUCGCGUGCUACCGAGGAAUCCACUACGCACAAGGCGACAGAUGAAUUAUCCCCGAAGGACAAGGAGGAGAUCGGCAAGCCAGAACUCAAGCACACAUCACCCAGCGAGGUCCCCUCAGCCGACAGCGCCAAAGGGAAGACUGAGACGCGAGCCCCCAGCGAUCCAGCCACCGACCCUGCACCCAAGGGCCAAGAUGUGAACAACAGCGCGUCCGGUCCGACCACUGGUGGUGACAAGCUUGACGGCCCAGGCCCGAGACCUCUGGAGGCCGUUGCCAAGGAGCGUGGUGGUGAUGCCGGCAAUGUCAAGGGAUCCUCGAAGGGUGGCCUUAUUGGAGGCGACGACUCUACGACUGGCACCGAAGAGAAGAAGGACGAGGAGGACCCCAAUGCUAGCCACGGCGAGGAGGGCACGGGUGAAAAGCUCGUUAAGGCUUCGGGACUGGCCGCAGAUGGCGGCGACUUUGAUGCGACGAAGCCUGGCGCCGGCCGCGAGGCGGAGCGUAAGUGCCUCCUAGAUGAGAAGGAUCCUUCCCAUGCUGCGGCCAAGGCAUCUGCCAAGUCCGGCGCCGACAAGACCAGUGACAAGGCCAGCGACUCUCACAGCUCUAGCACGGGCGCUGGCACGGAGAAGGAGAAGGAGAGUCUCAAGGACAAGAUCAAGGCCAAGCUUCACCGUCACUAG